AUGCUCGAGGAGAACAACUACGGCGCGUGGGCGGUGAAGAUGAAGAUCUUCAUGGGCGCCCAAGGUGUGUGGGCUGCCGUGGAGAGCAAGAAUGCGGUGGACGAUAGGCUGGACCAAAUGGCUCUCGCCGCUAUUGUCCAGGCUGUGCCGGAGUCCGUGAUGAUGGCGACGUCCGAGCACAAGACGGCGAAGAAGGUGUGGGCUGCAAUCAAGGAGAUGCAUGUCGGUGAAGAGCGUGUCGUGAAGGCCCGUGUACAAAUGCUCAGGAGGGAGCUCGAUGGUAUGUACAUGAGUGAGUCUGGAAAAUUUAGUGAAUUUGCUUUGAAGGUGUCCGAUGUCGUGAAUGAGAUACGUACUCUCGGCACGAAAGUGGAGGAGAGCACAGUGGUUGAAAAGCUGCUGCGUUCUGUCCCUGAGAAGUUCCAACCCAUUGUGACCACCAUCGAGCAAUGGGGAGAUGUGGAGACGAUGUCUGUGGCGGAGGUGAUUGGGCGUCUGCGGGCAUUCGAGGAGUCUGGAAAGGGUUGGUGCCACCACAAGGAGGAGGAGGAGAAGGGGAAGCUGUUGAUGGUGCGUGACGAGCCGCGUCUCACUCGUGCCGAGUGGGAGGCUAUCGUUGCUGAAGAGAAGCGCAGCGGCCACAACUCCGGCAGUGGCGGCAACAAGAGUGGUGAAAAGAAGUACCACUGCAGGUUUGACAAGUCCAAGAUCGAUUGUCGCAGGUGUGGUGAGUAUGGUCAUUUCACUGAUGAAUGUGAUGGUGUGAAGAAGAUGACCAAGGGUGUGGCGCAACUCGCCGUGGUGGACGACGAGCCAACGUUGCUGUGA